GGCACUUCUACUCUGCCUUCCAGGGUUGCUGUGGAGUUGGAUUCAACUGGAUAGCAGUGAGUUUGAUUUGGGGGCGUUUUGAUCCCUGACCCCCACUGGUUGUUAACAUCUGAAGACUAACCAGACGUACCUCUGGGUUAAGGGCAGGGGCAAUUGGCCAGUGAAACCUCACUGUGAAUCAAUAUAGCCUGGGGUUUUCCUGUUACUGAGGGGCCUGAGAUACUUUUGAGUAGGGUAGGUCGGACACCCCAACGUCUGGGUGUUGGGGAGAGGAGGACACCUGAUGUCUUUAUCUCCUUCCUUUCUUCUGGUACUUGACUCCUGUCCCCAUCCCCACAUGUGAUGAAUGGCUGGGUCCUGCUUGGGCCACUGCCGUGUGCACCAGCAGACAUAGGACAUAAGAGAGUGUUGUCUCCCAGCCCAUCAGCCUGCCCACUCCCUUGUCCUCUGACUUGGUGCCCUUCCCAGGGCUAUUUUAAAUCUCUUAGCCCAGCUCCUCUGGGUCAUCUCUGCCCUUCCCUACUCAGUAACCAUUGGCAACCUGGCGUGAAGCAGCCUAGCAUGCCGGAGAUCACUGGAUUUAUCCUCUAGGCCUGAAGAGUGGACAGCUCCAUCUGCAUUCCUGGUGUGAUUGGGAUUUGCUGGCUCGAAACAGGAACACCAGGAAGCUUGGGCCCUGACUCCUUUCCGUGAGAGGGAAACCAUGAAAUCCGGGAAUAAAAAUCGGGUCCUACCUACCUGGAUGACAGCCCAGGUGGCAGAGAAGCAAGAGGUGCCAGCCAAGAACCCCAGGAAGAGGAGAAAGGCUGCGGUGACCAUGACGGCGGCCACGAGACCUGCUGCCCAGAGGACCACGUACUGCAUGAAUGAAGCUGAACUCGUGGAUGUGGCCCUGGGCAUCCUGAUUGAGGGCCGCCAGCCGGAAAGGCCGGAGGAACACACAGCCCUGGCCGCUGCUGAUAAGCCGGAGUGCUCCCCCACCCACUCCGGGCCCCUGUGGCCUCUCGGGAGCCAAGAGGAGGAUGAGGACAAAGAGGAGGCCUCGCUCCCCCCCAGCCGUGCCUCUUCCCUGGGGCUGGGGGUCCCCGACUCUGCCUGCAGCCCGCCCCAGGUUGACGAGGAGGAGGACGCCUUGAAAUACGUCCGGGAGAUCUUCUUCAGCUGAUGGAUGGACAGCCGUUCCCAGACUUUCUGCCACAGCCCCUUGCUUUCCCGACGGGCAGCUGCCUCCUUCCUAAGGAGGUGGGGGUCGGGGGCAGGGGCUUUCCUCCCCGCCUGUGCCCUCCCCUUCCAGCGCCAAGGUCUGAGGUCCUCAGGCUUGUACUCUGUCAUCCGGGCCAGGAAGGCUGAGGCCAGGAGGCUCACCCUGAUUGGAACUGCAGAGUUAACGGUUCCCAGAGGGCAGCACGGUCUGUCCGUAGGGGGAGAAUCCACCCAUCACUCAGUGCACCCCCUCCAUGCAGCCUCCCCAUCUGAGACCGAUAUCACCUGGGGCUGCCAGGCUUUUGCCUCAGUGCUGUGUGGCUCCCCGCCCCCCACCCCCCAAGAGUGGGGGUGGGGGUGGGAGUACAGGUCCCAGUGACCUAGGCCGGGUGACCAGGAAGAGACCCAGGGUGUGUGGUUAUAUAAAUAUAGAGUUUAUUACAACAUUAGUGAGACUCUUGAAUUAAAAAUCUUUGUGCUAGG